AUGAAGUCUUCCAACCAUUACGGCCAAGGGCCAGAACCCAACUAUACAUACCAGCCAACGAUGCCUACACCUACCACGGAGGUUCCAAAUCCGACCACCCGAAUCCGCGGGGUCGCUAGAGAUAUUUGGCUCGCAUGCAUGAUAUCGUCGAUCCCUCUAGUUGCCUUUUCUGCUUUACUUCUCGGCCUCGUCUUUCACUACCAAGUCAUUCCCAAGAGCCCUAUAUCUUCAAGCUUUGCCUCUGCGGCAACAGCAGAUCCCAGCGUUCUCUAUGUUGACUUCCCUGCUACCACCCUAAUAAUCGUCGCGUCGUGGUCUAGCACUAUGGCACCGCUAAUUCUGCCAUUUCUUCUCACCCUGGUCUCAUUUCCAGUGUCUAGGACAUUGAUCCAGGCGAGUCAGAGCGGCGAUAGAACCCGACAGCCAACUCCACGGCAGUAUGCCCUCAUUCUUCGCAUCAUGAGCAAUGCCUCUUUAAGCGCCUUAUGGAGUUGCAUAACCUAUGUGUUUACCUCGAAAAGGAAGAGGGCACCAAUGACACAGCCCUUGACAUUCAUGACCUGGAUGCUAGCACUGGCUUCGCUCCUGAGCAUCUUGGUCUUCGCCACGGAUACAUGGCUACAUUUCGUGACCAAGACUGUCCCUUUCACUCAGUUCUCGCCGACAACAUUCGAUAGCGCCAGCUUCAGGUUCAACGAAAACUGCACAAACAUCAACACUACCUUCACAGGGGGUUGUACGCUCAACAGUGCGGCAGCAAAUACCUUUUUGAUUAACAGCGAGCCCUCACUGGAGCUUCUCGCCAACGUCUCCAGCACAAACAUGGUCCAGCAAGUCGCCGACUCCACUGGCAAAAGCUACGCCUUUAUAGGCCUUCGACAAACCAGUCAAAAUGCCAACUUGGAUUACACAGCUACGUCAUUCGGGGCAUCUUCCCAAUGUCAAGUUGUCACGAAACAUUGCAUAAAUGAAAACGGUAUUAGCGGUCCGCAGGCCAGCUAUAAAUGCGACUUUGGCGCAGUCCAGGGAGUGAUACCGACCACUCAGGUAGAUGCAAUGGUCCUCACUUACUUCACCGAUUCAUCAAUGAAGAAUAACGUUUCCUCCCUUGUAUCACUGCCAAAUCCAUACUAUUUUACCGCCAUUGUUAGCGUCAAUCAGAAUUUGGGCCGCAACCCCAACAGAGGUUUGAUUGACGACCCCAACAUAACCAGCGGUCUCCAUGGAUCAACUCUUUUCGCAUUGCUUUGUAGUACCAAGGUACUUGACUGGAGAUACACUUCGAUAAAUGGAUCUGUCACAUCUUUCUCAUACUCACCGAGCAACGCGUCCACUACCAACAUUGUGAUGGGGACUGAAGGAUAUACUCAUGUCGGCGAUUCAUAUAUCCUCCAGCAAACAAGUCUGGACGUCUGGCAGAGUGACACGGCGCAAGAGGUGGCCGACAAGUUCGCGGAAACAUACAGUCGAACCGUCAUGGGUGCAAUUGGAGGAGCUUUACUCUCCGCGCCAGCCGAAGAGGCCCAGUCGCGAUCCUCAAAUCUGGUAGCUAAGAUUCCCAAAGGUCCCCUGGCAUGUCUGCUCCUUGCUAAUUUUUUGCUUGUAAUACUUGGACUGUUUCUUACAGUUCGAGCAUUUUUGACUUCAAGUAGUGACGUUGGAGACGUACAAGCGAGACUCGGCAUUACUGCACUCAUUGCGGCGCAUUUUGAAGUGGAUAAAGGUGAGACCGCAGUGGAAAAGGUAGAUCAUAUGUUCCAAGAGAGAAAUGGAGGUGACGGGCCGCGCAUAGGGCUGGAAAGAAGUGCUUUGGGUGGAUGGAAAUUUGCUACUUAUCAGAGUGCAUAUUAG